CACCAAGCCACUGAAGCAUCCAUUCGAAGAUCAAUCCUACACGAUGAUGACGCAGGAGCCCGACAGACUGGUGGCUGGCGCGCCGCUUCCUGUUGCUGAUGAAGCUUUGGCCAAACAUGAAGUGGGUCGCUUGCCAGUCAUUCGCUCUGCUCUGGAAUUGUCAUCGACCGAAAACAACAUUGUGGCUUCGAACAUCGAGGCUACAUACCCGAUCGCAAUGCGUGCGCGCCGUUUCCACCGGAAAUCUAAAUCUGGGUGUACAAAUUGCAGACAAAGGAGGAUCAAGUGUGACGAAGCUCAAGGUGGCUGUCAGAAUUGUCAAAGACGCAACUACUCUUGUAGCCUGCGUGUUCCUGAUGCGGCGCCAGGACCCGCAAGUCGUUGCCAGAUCCUGCAACAGCAACAUGUUCCUCUACCACAAUCACCGACGGAACCUCACUUCACAAAUGCACUUUUGCAACAAGGCAUACUGAACCGACUUCCUACAUCUAUCCGGUCUCAUGCUGGUAGACUCCUUCAGCACUUUGUGAGCAACACCGUUAAAACAAUGAGUUUUGGCUUGGAGCCCCAACAAGCAUGGUGCGUAGCAAUACCAGACCUGGCAUUGAAGCACGAUUUCGUCGUUCAUGGGGUAUUGGCCAUCACAGCUCUGCAGAUAUCGACUACUUUAGAAUCUGCAGAUGCGAAGGAAGGCUACCAAAACCUGGCGGCGAUGGGGCUCAACAUGGGUCUAAGUCGCUACAUGACUGAAAUUCGAAAGAUCUCAGGCGACAAUGUUGAAGCUCUGUUCGCCUUUUCUACAGCGAUUAGCUUAUACAACACCUUUCAAGCUAGGAACGAAUGUCGAAACCUUGUCGUGUGGCGUCGUUCCACCUACAGAGAAAAAGAAGUGAUUGUCACAGAGGCUGCGCACGUCAUUUGCCGCGGUCUACGAACUAUGCGAGGAGUACAAGUGAUACUGGUGCCCGGCUGGAGCAAGCUGCAGGAUGGUCCCCUUAGAUUUGUGGUGCAACGCGAGACGUGGUCCGAAGCAAUUCCAGUCUCGAUUGCACAUCGCGAUGAGGAGAAACGACUGAGGAGCUUGGAGUCAAUGUGGUCAAACCCUCAUCGAAACUAUGAGGACUAUUUCGAUACACUCCGGCAGGGCUGGCAGGGUCUUAUCCAAUCAUUCAAGAUCGUUUGGAGCUUGGUUGACUCCAUCCCUUCGGGUCAAUCAUCUAAUGGGCCGUCCUUCGAUUGGACAUCAGUGUUUCACUUCGCAGUCCAGUGCUCUCUGCCGUUCACAAGGCUGCUUGAGCAACUGUGCAUCGAGGCUUGGGUACUCAUGGCUCACUAUGGAAUUAUGCAUGCAGAAGUAGGAAGGGGGCUAUGGUGGCUUGAUGAUUCAGCUGCUAACCUUGUGGUAACAGCAGCAGUAGUAAUUGGACCCAACAAUUGGGAGUGGAUCGCCUGGCCAUUGGCUGUGGUCGGCACUGACCUUGAGAGCUUGCGGGCUCUGGCUCUCGAUCGCCCAAGCAUCUGCCCAUGGAACCAACUACCUAUUGAAGCAAAAAGUUGACUAUAGAAGAGAAUCAACAUUAGGCAUGCCCCACCUCCGGGCGAACGCAACCUGUCGUAGGCAUCGCAGAUAUCGAUCUGUAGCCAUGA